AAAAAUUUCGGUUUCUUGUCAAACUUUUAGUAUUAACGGGUGUUUAAUUUGUUUGAACGCCUAAUAAUUAAUAUUUUGGUAAUUACCGUGUAUAUUAAAAUUAGAUUUUCAUCGAAAAUUAUGUUAUUAGUGUAACUUGUGUGUUUACAGUGUGUUAUUUUAAUUUUGAAUAUGGAUCCCUUUACUCAGCGUAUGUUGGAGCGAGCAAGAGCCAGACAAGAGAAAAUAGAUAAGAAACUUGCUAGUUCUGGACAAGUUGUUCCGAUACGUAAGCCUUUAUCUGAAAACGUUGAUCUAUUAAAAAAGAACAACUCCCCUGCAAAAUCACCGGCGAAAAUCACUAAAGAGUCUAUAGUAUCACCAAGAAAAUCGACAGAAUCGCCUGCAAAGGCAAAAAGAACAAAUUUGAAGGACCAGUCAGCUGUAGCUACUCCCCAGAAACUUCGAAACAACGUGGUAGUGACUAAAAAGGAGUUUAGGAGCCCCAGAAGUAGUAUUACACGGCGUAACUCUGACGUUUCAGUGGAGAUCAACAUUGGACAUAGAAAUGAUAUACAGAUAGAGGUUCAAGUUGAAGAGAGAGAUGCACCGAUCAGUAUAUUGUACAACCCUGAGACUGAAGGUGGCAGUAAUGUGGUUAUAAAAGAAAUUGAAGAUGACACAUCCAAAGAGAUGGAGAAGCAAAUUGACGCAGGUGACAACAAAGAGCGAGGAGGGCUACGACAUAAUAUUAAGUCCAGACUCGACAGGCUGGGCAAUCUUUACUCAGACAAACCAAAUCUCUCAUCACCGAUUCACCGCACCGAGCAAGAGUUUACGUCGGGUACCCCACCUGCCUCCACUUGUGAAGUCAAGGAGACCAGACCCGAGAGCAAAAGGAAAUUCGGACGUCUAGCAGCACUUGCUGAUCAGAUCAACAAUUGGGAAGACGAUCUCACGCACCACAAUUUUCAACCAGAACCAACAAAGAAGCAACCAGAAAGAAGGUAUGGCGCGAAACCUGAAACAAAGAAGGAACAGUCAGAGUCCUCCACGCUUGAUGUCUCAAUACAUUCCAUUAAGGAUAUCAAUAAAGUGUUACAGACAAACACUGCAAAAACUAAUCAGUCCAAAACAAACGCAUCUACAAAACCAACGGUCAAUGAGUUGAAGAAAGAAAUUGUUGCUGAACUGGAAGGCGACGGCUACCGGCGGGUGUCCGCUAGCAAAUCGCGGCUUGUGUACGAUUUCACGACGGGACCCGAACCCGCCCGACAGGAGCCGAAGCGCGCAUCGACAACCCCCAGUGCAGCCGAUGCCCCCAACAUGGCUGCAAUGGUGGCUAAUUCUCCCUUAAAUUCUGUAACGAAAAAACCAUCGAUCAAGAAAUAUAGAGCUCCAACGCCGCCGUCUAAAACAGUGAACGUCGAUGACGACAGUGAAAAAGACAAGGAAAACAAUGUUGUGCAAAAAGAAGAAAACGACAAUGGACCAAGUGAUUGUGUACAAACAAAGCCGGAGCCGGCUCAGAAACCGGUGUUCGAAAAUUCACCCAUUAAAAAAUUUGCGCCGAAAUUGAACACGAAUGUGGACAGGAGUUCAGUUUUGUCCAAAGCUGCUAUGUUCGAAGCAGGCAGUCCUAAAAUGAAGGAUCCCGCAGAAAUGUCACUGAGGGAGCGGAAAGCCCUUUUCGAAAAGAAUAAGGGCGCAGCGAUAGUGCCUAAAGCGCCCUUUGGAAUGGCACCCUCCGUCAAAAUUCUACACGGCGAAAAAGGCAAAACCACACAAACUGUACAGCCAAGCACCACUCCAAAAAAGUUGGCCAGUAGUUCUAGAACAAAUUCAAAAGAAGUAGUCGCCGAAGACAACGUUAGUCAGAGUUCCAUCGGAGGUGGCAUAAAAGGCAAACUGGCGGCUUUAUUCAGUAAAGAGCAAACGAUAAGCGAGACGACCAUUGCGAAUAAAUUUAAACAGGAAAGAGAGAAAGAGAUGGAGAUGCUACAGAAUCGAUUCCAUUAUAAGCCUAAACCUCAGACAUCCGAAGAUCACAGCGAUUCAGAGGAUGAUAACAGUGAACAUGAUCCAUCAGAGAAAGCUCCGCUGAUGGGCAGCACGACAAGUUUAGCCUUGGCCAGCAAAAAGCCAGAAAUUAUUUCAAACAUACCCAAAACGACCAACGAUAAAGAGCAACCCUGUGACAAAGAGGCCGAGAAGGAAAAUGAUAAAGUUGUAGGGUCACAACCUGUAAAAAGGAGAAGUUCACAAUCCCAGGAUUCACCAGUAGUAUUAUCAGUUCUAGAUGACGUUAAAAGGAUAAAAGUGAAUGAUAAGAAGGGACCGCAAACGAAUGGUGCAGUUUUGCAACAACCCACCAGUCUUUAUCCGCAUUUAUCAGACAUUGAAACUGAUAAUUCUCACACUCCAGAGGAAUAUUCCGACUGUGGUGGAUCAAGUAUGGAAAAUCUAAACGACAAUUUAAAUAAAUCCGACAAUUGGGCAGAGACAUCCUUCGGUCGUGAGGUUAUGAAUGUGGUAAAGAAAAAUAACACUAGUUACAAAAAAGCAGUUCGAUCGAACGAAUCGGACAGUUCGCAAAGUGACUGUGACAGCGAACUUAAUGAUAUGUUGGAUGAAGCUCUGAACGAAGAACUGGAAGGUCCCACCCCACCUAAGCUCAACAAGCAUGGGAGCCUGUCAUCAACAAGUUUCGUGUACCAGGAGAAGGCGCAGUUCAAGUCGCCGCUGAAAUGCCAGCCGCCGGCGUGCGUGACCCCCGCGACCCCUUCCCGCGACAAGGGCAGCGAGCUGGUGCACAGCGUCAGUUUCUACAGGAGGAUGCAAAGUGCUACGUCGACCCCGACAACGCCACUGCGCAUCAUCCGGCACCAGUCGCCGGAGCGCGACAUCACCGCGACGCCGGACCCGACCGCCAACGUCACAACCGUGCGCCAGCGCAUCAAGGAAUUGCAGAACGAGAUCACCAAGCAGCAAACUAUUAUAUCACAGGCCAGUCAAGCGUUAAAUCUGUGUGCGGCGACCAUUGAAUUCAGUGGGUCCACUGAACAAGCCGAAGGAGAGAGAUUACUUUUGUUAGCAACACACCGGCGGCAGGCGAGCGUGCACGAGGUACAGCGGCUGCAGGUGGAGGGCGCGGGCCCGGCCGCCGCCGCCGGCAUGGCCGCGCUGCACAUCAACAGCCUCGCCGUGCCCCUGCGCCGCGACUACAUGCGGCAGCUCAACGCUGACGGCGCAACUGGUCACCACGCGGUGUGCCUGCUGAAGUGCCGAGACCGCGUUCUCGCGAGCAGCAUGCAGCUGACGCAGCCCAACUCUGCCUUACUGCACUUCCCUGAUGAGAUACGCAUGGACGGACUCACCAGUGACUUCAAGGUCACAGUCGAAGUGUAUUUGCUGCAAGCAUCUAAAGAAAUAUUGCCGCAUGAUGUGAAAUACCAUAUUUCAAAUAAAAAGUCGAGUUCCAAGCUGCUCACACCAAAGUCGAAAGUGUCCGAGCUGAAGGCGCCCCGAGUACAAAGUCCUGCUGGGCCGCUAGCAGUCCGCAGUCCACAGUUCCAACUGCAUGGUUAUUGUAUAUUCGCGCUGCAGCAAGCCACCAGGAAAACAUUUACUCUCAACAAGGUUCCGUGUGGGAGUCCACUUGAAGGGUCAAUCCAGCUGGACAUGGUCGCGAAGGUGCGGGUGCCAGCGCCGGCUCCUCACGCCGCCUUCCUCACGGCCUUCGACGACGUGUCGGGGCUGGGCGCCUGGCACCGGCGAUGGUUCAGACUCCAGCCGCCUCAGUUGUCCUACUGGAAGUACCCUGACGAUGUACAGCGGAAGCUACCGAUCGGAGAUAUCGAUCUAUCCACGGUGAUCUCCGAAAAGGUGAUAAAAGCGCCACGAGAUCUAUGCGCGCGGCCGAACACCAUCCUAUUAGAAUCGGCCGUUCCCGCCGGUCUCAUCGUACCGGAUAGCGGUUCGCUAGUUUACUUCAAGAGAGAAGACGGCACUAUCCUCAGGAGACACCUACUGGCAGCUGACACAGCAAAAGACCGGGAUAUAUGGUUGGACUGUUUAAAUAAAGCGCUGGAAUAUGUAAGAUGUUGUGCUACUGACGAUGAUUAAGAAGUAUUUUUGUAUAUGUACUUUUGUAUAUCCAUUUGGUACUGCCAUCAAAGACUCACUGUCAUAAAGCGGUUUUAUCAUAAAGCAUUAAUAGGUAUCUCUUUUAGUACGUUUUAUGCUUAUUGAAACAAUAAUAAUAAAUCUAUAGAAAUUAGGCAUCGGACAUAACUUUUUUUUUUUUUUAAAUGAUUCAGGAAAAGUUGAGAACUACCAACUGUAGAAUGACCGAACAAAUAUUUUUUAAAACAUAGUGCUUUACUAAAUAUUUGUAUAUUUGAUAUCAAUUAUUUUAUAAUUAACUAAUAUAUAGUUUAUAUGUUAAAAUAGUUAUUUCUCAGAGAAAAUCAGUAUUAUAAUAGUUUUUUUCUGUAUCUAUAUUACUUUGAUACCUAUAUCUAUAUAUAUAUAUAUUGAAAUAUUUGAUGGCAGCACUAUUCAUAGACAUAUCUAAUUUUGUUAAAAUAUCACAAAAUAAAAAAGAAAAUGGCAGCGCCAUAUUAUAUUAACAAUUACAUUUAUUAUUAACUAAGCAGCGAUUCCUGAAGUUCCGAACAAUUUAAAGGUUCAUAAGUCUUGGUUCAAUGAACCAGUGAAAAAAUUCGAAAGUUUAGGAACCGCUGGUCUAAGAUAUAGCAAUUUAUUGUAGAAUUAUUUAAUAUUAAGCUUUUUUUAUAGUUUAAAAUUGGUAAUUAAAAAUUGAUAAGAACAAAAUUGUUUCCAAAAUAUAGUGUAUGUGGCAAUUAUAUUUUUAUUAAUUAUAGGCCACGAAAUUGAACAGUGGUUUUAAAAGUGUGACAUUUAGUUAAGUAAUAUAAAAUAUAUGGUCAGCAACAAAGGUAAUAAAUUCAAUAAUCCUAAAAAUAUAAAAAUAUAAAUAAAGAAUACUAAUAGCUAACCGAUCCUGUUUAUUAUAUUAAUAUUUCUAGUAAAUGUAAACUAAUCUUCAAACAACACAACUAUAGUUUUCGCUGCCUAUACCAUAAAAUACUUGCCGUGAAAAUAAAAAUCUGAAUUAGAUGCAUUUAAUGGAGAUUACCAAUUACAGACAGACAUACAACAAUACCAUAGGACUUUAUAACAUAUUAUAUACCCAAUGUCUUUUUUAUGGAGGUUAUUAGAUAUUUUGUCUCCUAAUUAAUAAUUGAAUAGACAAUUAGAAAAGUAAUAGUACUCUGUAAAUCUUUUUCGACUACUGUUUUGAAGUGUUAACAACUUAUUUCUUAUAUUUAUUUAUAAAUUAGAGGAAAAAAUUUAGUCUUUUACAAGGCACAAAAUUUUCAAUAGAUAAUUAUCAAUAAUUAACGAAGAUAUAAUCAAAAAUACACACAAAAUAUAUUCGAAGUAACAACGUCAAUGGAAAAUUUAUCAAUUGGCUUCAGCACAAAAAGUGGAAAAAUCUUAAAGUUGGAAUUGUAUGAGAUGAUAAAAAAAUAUACCAUUGUUGCUGUCCUACAGAGAACUUUCGCUUUAAUAUAAGACAAUCCCAUGCCACCUAAUUAACGUAGGUUAGGUAUAUAUAUAUGUAGGUAACAUAGCGAGUAUAUCACAAUAACAUUAGGUUAUAAAUAAUCAUAGUUUAAUAUUUUACUAAUUAAUCGUGUUGACUAAUUAAUUGAUUAUUUUUUAAAUUUAUGUUCAUUUAUAUUUAAAUAUUAUAUAAAUAAUGGUAAUUUUAUGAACAUACGAAGUUCGUCGUUGCCGGCAAUCGUUUUAAUUCGACAACGUCUCGCCUCCGACGUAAAAGGACCGUACUCUUUAUAAAGAAGACUUGUAGACUUCUGGAUGAAGUUUAUAAAAUUUCCGUUAUACAUUUAUAUAUAGACAUAAUGUCAAGAGUUAUCACCCAAAAAAAAAACAUCGAUCGCUCUACCCGAUAGUAUUAAAUCGAUAGUAUCGAUAUGAAAGUUUACGCAAUUUAAUCGACUACUAGGCAACCCUAGUUAGCAUUUCACAUGACAUUUUUGUGUUUUAAGAUUGCACAAAUUAUUACAGUUCGUGACAAAUGACAAAUUAAGCCUAAGAACAAGGAAUUACAUAGAUGGAAUGAUAAAAUGAAAACUGUAAAUCAUACGGUUAUCUCGUUUCUUCUUAUGCAAAUAUAAUUAGUAAAAAGAGGACGAAAGAUACACCAUCAGUUGCUAUUUUUCUUAAUUCAUAGCAGACUAGUGUAAAGAAAAUGUUUAUGUAAAAUUUUUGUUCAUUUACAUUACUAGGUUAUACAUAUAUUCGACACAUUUUAUGUAGAGAGUAUGUACAUAAAUUGUGUUGCAAGCAGCAGCAGGGUUAUACGGCCGUAUAACAUUAUCUAUACACUAGCCUGCUAUGAAUUGGCAAAAAUAGCAACUGAUGGUGUAUUAUUCGUCCUUUUUUUACUAAUUAUAUAUUUGCAUUAGAAAAAAGGAGGUAAUAAUACGAUAUACAGUUUUUAUUUUAUCAUUCCUUCUUUGCAAUUCCUUGUUCUUAGAAUAAAACACGCGCUGUAGUCAUUUUUUACAUUUUUUUUUUACAGCGCGAGACAGUAAUAAAAUUAUGCUCAAGUUAUUUACGAGUGCCUAUAUAUAUGUAUAUAUGUAUA